CUCCAGCUGUGCCUGUCUCCCAGAUGUGCCCGUGGGUCUGAGCGUGGGACUCCUGCCUGCAGACUCGUCCCGCCUGCAGACUGGUCUCACCAGACGGACCAGUUUCACUUUCAGAAAUAGGAAGUUCUCCGGGAAGGGCCGGCGAGCGCCCAGACGCGUGCGGGUAACGCGGGCCGGCAGGAUGAGCUUCCCGGCCGGCGGCAGCAGCGCCGCAUCCCCGCUUUGCCCGUCCCGGAGCGCGGUGCCAUAGCCCACCGCAGCCACCGCAUCCCCGGGCAUGGAGCAGUUCGUCAGGAAGCGCCUGACCUUCCUGACAUCCUUCUGGAACAAGCUCCGUCCCCGCUCCGUCACCGAGAGCUGCUCGCUGGGGUAUCUUGGCUCUGAUUCCGUUUCGCUGAACUCGGAGGCGACUUCCAUUUCCUUCAUCCCCAAGUCCUCUCUCUGUAUCGCUUUGUACGCUUUCACAGCCCGCAGCGCCGAGGAGCUGAGCAUAAGCGCAGGGGACAAACUGCGUGUCCUCAGAGAAGAGGGCGAGUAUGUGCUGGCCCGGCGGCUGCUGGGGGAGCCGGCCAUGGGCUACGUCCCCGCUGCCUACGUGGCCAACCUGAGCCAGGGCACCUCCGCCCACCGCCCCUGGUACUUCAGCAAGAUCAGCCGAAACGAAGCGGAGCAGCUCCUCCUGUCGCCUCCCAACCAGCACGGCUCCUUCCUCGUCCGGGACAGCGAGAGCAGCAAGGGCGAAUACUCCCUCUCAGUGCGCAACCACGCCAAGGUGAGCCACUUCCGAAUCUGCAAGAGCCCCAGGGGCAGCCUCUACAUCCAGAAGGGACACCCCUUUCCCAACAUGGAGGAGCUGCUGGCCUUCUACACGGAGCACUGGAAGGUCAUCCAGAGCCCCCUGCUGCAGCCCUGCAGCCCCGCGACCCCCCCGGAGAGGGACGGCUGGGAGCGCCCGCGCUGGGAGUUCACCCUGCGGAGGAAGCUGGGAGAGGGCUACUUUGGAGAGGUGUGGGAAGGGCUGUGGAGGAACACGGUGCCCGUGGCCAUCAAGAUCAUUAAAGCUGACAUGAAAGCAGAAGACUUCACCAAGGAGAUUCAGAAUCUGAAGCGCCUGAGGCAUGAGAAGCUGAUCCAGCUGCACGCCGUGUGCUCGCUGGAGGAGCCCGUGUACAUCAUCACCGAGCUCAUGCGCAAAGGCAACCUCCACAGCUACCUCAACAGUCCUGAAGGGAAGUCCCUGGUCACCUCCCACCUGCUCAACAUCUCCUGCCAAGUGGCGGAUGGGAUGAGGUACCUGGAGGAGAAGCACAUUGUCCACCGGGAUCUGGCAGCCAGAAACAUCCUGGUUGGAGAGGAACUCACCUGCAAAAUCGCUGAUUUUGGACUUGCCCGGCUCCUCAAGGAUGACAUUUAUUCCACCAGCAGCAGCACUAAAAUCCCGGUGAAGUGGACGGCCCCGGAGGCAGCCAACUACCGCACCUACUCGCUCAAGUCCGACGUCUGGUCCUAUGGGAUUCUGCUCUACGAGGUCUUCACGUAUGGACAGAUCCCAUAUGAAGGAAUGACAAACCAAGAAACCGUACGGCAAAUCACCAGGGGCUACCGCCUGCCCCGGCCCAGCCCCUGCCCCCCCGAGAUCUACAGCAUCAUGCUGGAGUGCUGGAGCGGCAACACGGAGGAGCGUCCCACCUUCCUGGCGCUGCGGGAGAAGCUGGGCUUCAUCUACAGGCGCCUGCUCAGCUCCCUCUCCUGAGGGACCCCUCCAUCCUUCCUGCACGAGCCUCUCCCUCCAGGCCAGCUCUUGCCAAGUUCCUUCCUUCUGGUUUGCCUUCUGAAAGGGCUACAAGGAAAGCACAUCCCCCCAAAAACAGCCUGUGGUCCCUCACAGGCAGGGUGCAGGGAGGUGGCCAAGGGAGACAGCAACAAGUUGUGGAGAGCUCGUUGCCAGCACUUGGCUGUGUAACAGUUUGGAAAAGUACCGUGGAGGCAUCACUCAAAGUUUACAUCUUCAUUCACUCAAGCAGGGUGGGAGGUCCCUGCUGCUCCCCACACAAACGUGAAGGUUUCCAGUUCAUGUUCAACUGUGGCUCUGCUUGAUUUAUCUUGUAGUGUGUGUUCGGUGUAUUUAUCAAUAAAUGUGUGUGCAUCA